AUGAGCAACAUCACCCGACGCCCCCCAAAGAGGCCCCUCGACGCCGACACAACUACGCAACCGCCGCCACCACCACCGAUGACGGUGACUGAAUCCCCCUCUAAGCUGACGACAGUAACCAUGACUAAAAAGCGAGGCCUCCUCGCCCUCGGCUGCGAAGGCUCCGCCAACAAGCUCGGCAUCGGUGUGAUGCUCCACAACGGCGCCGAGUCCACCAUCCUCUCCAACAUCCGGCACACCUUCGUCUCUCCCCCAGGCACGGGCUUCCUGCCCAAGGACACGGCCAAGCACCACCGCGCCCAUUUUGUACAGCUUGCCCGCCGCGCCCUCCGCGACGCCGGCGUCGCUCCCGCCGACCUCGACUGCGUCUGCUUCACAAAGGGCCCCGGCAUGGGCGCGCCCCUGACAUCGGUUGCCGUCGCUGCCCGUACUCUGAGCCUGCUUUGGGACAAGCCCCUCGUCGGCGUCAACCACUGCGUUGGCCACAUCGAGAUGGGCCGCACCAUCACCGGCGCCCAGAACCCCGUCGUGCUGUAUGUCAGCGGCGGCAACAGCCAAGUCAUCGCCUACGCCGAACAGCGGUACCGUAUCUUCGGCGAGACCCUUGACAUCGCCGUGGGCAACUGCCUCGACCGCUUCGCCCGCACCCUAGAGAUUAGCAACGACCCGGCUCCGGGCUACAACAUCGAGCAGCUCGCCAAGCAGGGGACGCGGCUGCUCGAAUUGCCAUACGCCGUCAAGGGCAUGGACUGCUCGUUCUCGGGCAUCUUGGCCUUUGCGGACAUCCUAGCGGCGCAGAUGAAGGCGGCCCAGGACAAGGGUGAGGACACGUUUACGCCGGCGGACCUGUGCUUCUCGCUGCAAGAAACCGUGUUCGCGAUGCUGGUUGAGAUCACAGAGCGGGCCAUGGCUCACGUCGGUAGCAACCAGGUGCUGAUCGUUGGCGGCGUUGGCUGCAACGAGCGCCUGCAGGAGAUGAUGGGCGAGAUGGCCAAGGAGAGGGGCGGCAGCGUGUACGCCACCGACGAGAGGUUCUGCAUCGACAAUGGCAUCAUGAUUGCGCACGCCGGUCUGUUGGCCUACGAGACGGGCUUUAGGACGCCGCUGGAGGACAGUUCUUGCACGCAACGCUUUAGGACAGACGAGGUUCACAUUAAAUGGAGAGAAUGA